CAAUUAAGCAAAAGAUAACAGGAAAGAAAAUAAUUCCGUGAAAGCCCAAUAAAAAAAUCCCCUCCCUUUUUCAAUCUAUCGUCCUAAUUUCCCCUCAAUUUCCAUCACUUUCUCAGGAAAAUCAUAUCGAAAUCCACGAUGAGGCCACCGAGGAGACCGAUCCAUGUGGUUACGACGUGGGUGCGACGGCAGCCUCCGAAGGUCAAGGCGUUUUUGGCGGUGGUGGCUGGAAUGUCAGCGCUGGUGCUCCUCAGAUUCAUCGUACACGAUCACGAUAACCUCUUUGUGGCUGCUGAGGCUGUUCACUCCAUUGGAAUCUCUGUGCUUAUUUAUAAGUUAAUGAAAGAGAAAACUUGUGCUGGAUUAUCUCUGAAAACUCAGGAGCUGACAGCUAUGUUCUUAGCUGUAAGGUUGUACUGCAGCUUCGUAAUGGAAUAUGAUAUACAUACCAUACUGGAUUUAGCUACGUUGGCAACAACCCUGUGGGUUAUUUAUAUGAUCCGUUUUAAUCUGAAGUCGAGUUACAUGGAGGACAAAGACAACUUUGCAUUAUAUUAUGUGGCGGCACCCUGUGCUGUUUUGGCUUUGCUUAUUCAUCCGUCAACAGCUCAUAACCUACUGAACCGGAUCCUCUGGGCAUUCUGUGUAUACCUGGAAGCUGUUUCUGUGCUUCCUCAGUUGCGGGUCAUGCAAAACACCAAGAUUGUUGAGCCAUUCACUGCUCAUUAUGUAUUUGCAUUGGGUGUUGCAAGGUUCUUGAGCUGUGCCCAUUGGGUUCUCCAGGUUUUAGAUACUCGGGGACACUUGUUGGUGGCCUUGGGGUAUGGAUUAUGGCCUUCUAUGGUUCUUAUCUCAGAAAUCGUCCAGACUUUCAUCUUAGCAGAUUUCUGUUAUUAUUAUGUCAAAAGUGUAUUUGGAGGGCAGCUUGUUCUCCGCCUCCCCUCUGGAGUGGUGUAACUAAAGUUCUUUUAUGGUGUGGUCGAUGAGCAACGUUGCCACGUAAAAUUUCUCUAUCAAAUCAUGACUGGAGAAAAGUGGGUUCACUUGUAAAGCUGGGGAUGCAGAAACUUUGGUUGGAUAUUUGCACUUAAAAUAUAAUUUAAUGGAUGGUUAAUUAAUUUUUCGGCGCUAA